UUCAAACGUCAUUCGUCAUCAUGAUGGAUCUAAGAGCACUAUUAUUUCUUUUAUUCUUUAUUCAAUUUACCUAUAGUGCCCACUUACCAUCCACUUCAAGAUGCAGCAAGCAUUGUUCGAAAGAAACUUGCCACAAAUUCGACUACAAAGAUCACACGUCUUACUUUUAUGAUUUUCAAAGUUCGAAUGUAAUUUAUUGGGAUAAACUUGGACGUUUAAAACCUAUAGCUAUGUCUGCUAAAGUAGAAAUCAUAAAAAGAGAUACUUGUGACAUGAUACUUAAGAUUCAUGAAACAAAACUAUUAGCUAAUGAUAUCAGUAGAGAAAAAUUAAGGGAAUUAACGUGGCAUGAUCUUCCAUUUUCCUUCGAAGAUGGCAAAAUUAGUGAAAUAUGUCCUGCACCAGAAGAAAAAAGGAAUGUUCUUAAUAUUAAAAGAGCCAUAUUAUCCGCCUUUCAAAACAGUAUGAAAAAUUUCGAUGAAGAAGACGAAAGUGUCCUUGAGUUAACUUGCCACAAAUUCGACUACAAAGAUCACACGUCUUACUUUUAUGAUUUUCAAAGUUCGAAUGUAAUUUAUUGGGAUAAACUUGGACGUUUAAAACCUAUAGCUAUGUCUGCUAAAGUAGAAAUCAUAAAAAGAGAUACUUGUGACAUGAUACUUAAGAUUCAUGAAACAAAACUAUUAGCUAAUGAUAUCAGUAGAGAAAAAUUAAGGGAAUUAACGUGGCAUGAUCUUCCAUUUUCCUUCGAAGAUGGCAAAAUUAGUGAAAUAUGUCCUGCACCAGAAGAAAAAAGGAAUGUUCUUAAUAUUAAAAGAGCCAUAUUAUCCGCCUUUCAAAACAGUAUGAAAAAUUUCGAUGAAGAAGACGAAAGUGUCCUUGAGAAUGAUAUCAUUGGAAGAUGUUGGGCAUCUUAUGCGAUUAUGGAAAAGGAGAAAAAGAAAGUUAUAGUCAGAAAAUUUAAAAAUCCAGGAAAUUGUGAGACUAUUUCAAAUGGAAAUUCAGUGUCACUAACGACAUUUGAAUCUUUUCGUGGGGCGGAAACUGCAAUUAUAGAACAGAUGUAUGAAUGCGAGCAAACUAUUGAAGAAAAAAUUAUUACAAAAUCUUCGUGUAACGAAAGUUGCGUAUUUACAAUUUCCACGGAAAAAGAUUCACAAUUUAAGUCAAAUGCUAAAAUUGAACUUCGUUUGACAGGCAUUUUACAAAAACCUGAGAUGCCAUCUUAUAGAAUUCAUAGAAGAGAACAUUUACUCUACGCUCAUCAACCUCACACGUUCUCGAAUUCAGCUUAUAAGGAAUCUUUACAAAUCUUGCAUGAUAUGUGUUCCAAAAUUCUUCCAAGAAAUAAAGUUGAUCCAGAAAUACCUGGACUUUAUGCAAAUUUAGUACGAUCUCUUCGCAAAGUGAAAUCAGAAGAAUUAAAAAAUAUUUAUAAUAAAUUGGAUAAUGGAGAAAUAUGCUCAUCAGAUUGGUUAAAGCGUCUUGCCGACGAUAUAUUACCUCAUAUCGGUCACGAAGGUUCUGUCAAAAUAAUGACGAGAAAGAUUCAAAGUAGAACUAUUAGUAAAAUUCAAGCAGCUCUUUGGGUUACCAGUUUAGCUUUCAUUAAACAUCCCACCGAAGAAGCUAUUUCAGCAGUUGUGCCAUUGUUGGAUUACAAAAAAGCUGGAACACAAGCUCUUCUAGGGAUUACUGCAAUGUGCAAUAAUUAUUGCAUGAAAAAUACAAACUGUGAACAUUCAAAAGCUAUUCAGGAUGUAAUAAAUUCUUUAAACAGAUACUUGAGGUAUAGAUGCAAUGUUCAUCAACCAACAGAAAUAAAACAGGUUAUUGCAGCUUUGAAAAGUUUCGGAAAUUUGGGACGAAACGGAGCUGCGUGGAGACAGAUUUUGGAAUGUUCAUCACAAAAAUCUAAUGUCGUCACCAUUCGAUUAGCAGCAAUAGAAGCAUUCCGGCGAACACCGUGCAAAGAAGAGGUUAACCAAAAGUUAUUGGACAUGUUCUCUAGACAGGAUGAACCUGUUGAAGUGCGUAUUGCGGCUUAUCUAGGUGCAAUGAGAUGUGCAGAUAGAAAACUCGUGAGAAGGAUCCAACAAGUUUAUGACUCAGAAAGGCUCAAUCAAAUAAAAACAUUUGUCUAUUCUCAUAUAACAAACCUCCAAGAAAGUUCUUCUCCCGAAAAAGAAAAUAUCAGAAGAAUUGUGAGCGAAUUCCAAUUCCAACCUCAGCAACUCGAUAUCAGGAAAUAUUCUCAAAAUAUUGAAUUGUCAAAUUACAUUCAGCGCAUGCAUUUAGGAGGAGAAUUUGAUUCAAAUAUUAUUUACUCAAAAAAUUCAGUCAUACCUCGAUCUUUCAUGGCAAAUUUUACUUCGUUCGUUAAUGGAAAAUCCAUUAAUGUUAUGGAAGUUGGAGGAAGAUUAGAUGGUUUCGAUCAAUGGUUGAAGAAUUCAUUAUCGUCUAUAUCAGAAUUUGAUCAUAUGUCUUUUAGUGAAUUUGUGAAAUAUGCUUUUGCUGCUGCUAAGAAAAACUUUCAAUCAUUACGGUCUCAGCCUGAAACAUUCAAACAUAAAUUUCAAUCUAAUAUUGAUUCAUUCAUUGCGUUUACGAAGAAAAACAUGCCAUCAGAUGCUUAUGGAUCUCUCUAUUUUAAAUAUCUGGGAAAUGAACUUAUGUGGUUAUCUGUAGAUGAAAAAACUGAUUUCAAUAUCGAAAAAUUUAUUGAUGUGAUGGAUAUAAUAUCAAAGCUUGCAAGAAAUCAAAAACUUGAUACAGCUCAUAGUUUGUUUCUGGAUACUUCUUAUGUUUUUCCUAGUAUUUCUGGUAAUGCUCUAACUGUCGAUAUUGCUGGAUCAGCAAUACUCGGACUGAAGGGAGAAGGAAAAUUGGAUAUCAGAAAAAUAUUUUUAUCUCCUCGAAAUGUUGAUAUUGAAGGAAAAUUUGUUACCAGUUUUGCUAGUGAACUAAAUGCAGUCGUAGGAUAUAAUUCAUUAUUAAAAAUUUCAAAAAUUAAAUACGUUGCUAAAGCACAUGGUGGUUCAGUUCUUAAAGGUAAAUUAGCAAUUAAAGACGGACGUAUUUUUAAUAUGAAUAUUGAUCUACCGGAGGAAAACGUGGACUUGUUAACAGUAAGCACCAACGUUAUUCGUAUAGAUAAAGAUGGAAAUGAAAUAAAAAACUCAUCUUCUAUGGGAAUUCGAGAUUGCUUGAAAACUUUUAGAAAAGUGAUGGGUUACGACAUCUGCACGUAUAUGACAUUUCCCGCUACCAAAUUGACACCAAAAUUUCCAUUUAUAUCUUUAAAAAUUCCCUUUACUAAACCUUUUGAAGCGGGAAUUUCACUUAAAAAACAAGAUCGUUCUUUGAAGGGAAUCCUAUUGAAUAUUGAAUUACCAGACAAUAAUGUUUACAGCAACAAAAAGUUUAAAUUUGAAUUUGAUACUCCUGGUUCAUCGAUAGAUAGAAAAUACUCUCUAGAAAUUGUUACUCCUGGUACUAUUGAUACUUAUGAUACCAAUCAGAAUCGAUCUUAUUCGUUUCGGGUGUAUACGCCAUUCAUUGCAAUGGAAAUGAAAAGGAAUAUACUCAAUAUCCCCAAAAAGAACAUCUUUGAUCUUAAAAUGAAUAUUGGUGGAAAACAAAAUUGGCGUUUUCUUGCAGAAUUUGAAACGAAUAAUACAGAAAAUAUCGUCGAACAUCACGUAAAUUUCGAAAUAUCUAAUCCUAAUCGAGAACCGUUUUUCAUUAAAGGUACCGUUAUUCGUAAAAAAGGGAAAAAGUCUGUAAUUACAGUCAAUUUACUUUCUAACAAACAAUCACCGUACCCUGUACUAAUUACGGGAAGCAUCAUUAAAGAACAAGAUGGUGAAACAAUUAAGUUAAGUACAGAUUUUUAUACUGAACUUCCAUUUACAAAAGUUCAAAUUUAUGGUUUAGCACAAGCAAAUAAAAAAAUAAUAUUUUAUGAUUUGGAUAUAAAUUAUCAUACAAAGAAGGACCAAAAGCACAGUUUGAAAAGUACUUGCAAGAUUGAAAAUUUAAGCACAAAGUUCGUUACCAUGUUUAAAAGUAAGGCUGAUCUGCAAUCUACUCAGUUUCCUAAGUACAACUCUCAGAUAGAGUGGGAUUUCCAAUAUAAACCAAAAAAAGAUAUAGAAAAUUAUUUAACAAUAAAGAGCGAUAACGAAACUAUUUUCCUAUUACAUCAAAUGUUUAUAAUUAAGAAAGAAGAUCCUCAAAACUUUAUAACAUUAAACAAUCUACGAGUUCUAAUAAUAAUCCCUAAAUACAGAGCUGAUUACGAAAUGUCAUUCUCUGUAAGAUACAAUGCCGAAGUACCAGCCUUCUACAUCUAUGCAGAAAUUCAAAAUAGUAAAGAAGUACGCUUUAGAUCCAGUUUAGAGUUUUCGUUGAUAUCUGAAAAACCGAUGAAGAUGAUGCUUAAUUUCAUUUUGGAAUAUCCAUAUAGAACUAUAAAAUAUAUUGAUGAAUUAACAGAAGUAUCUCCGAAUGAAUUUAAAGGAAAAUCAAAAUUACAAUGGGACAAAGAUAAAGAACUUACUUUUGAAUAUUCAUACAAACUCAAAAGAGAAAUAAAUUAUUUCCAACACGAAAUCGAUACUGAUUUCUCUGCACCUUGGUUACGUUCCCCAGUAGAAUACAGAGGUUUAUUAAAAAUGAGUGGAAAUUCUUUUGAUUUUAAAAGUUCCACAGGUUAUAAAGGAAAACCUGCUUAUAAAGUAGAUGUUAAAAUUGAUCCAAGAGAAUCAAGUAUGCUGUACGUCGAUAUUCCACAUUAUGGAAAGAGUGGCGUUGAAUUCGAUGUUAGUGGGGAAGACACAAUAUUAAAAUUCGAUUUACGUAGACCAGAAAGCAAACGUAGAAUAUUAGGUGAUUUCACUAUGAGGACACAACCAAAUCCUGUAACUCAGCUAGAGCUAAGCUGGGAUGCAGACAGAGAUCCAACAGCUCGAUUGGCAUUCAAAAGUGAAGUGCAAAUUCAGUCUGGUAAACAUUGUAUAAUUAUGAAUACAAUUGAAUAUAAAAACGAUAUAUCUAUUUACUCAAAAGUGAAAGUAAGCAACAGAAUUUUGCUGGGUCCUCAUGAUUUAAUUUUGGAAGUAAAAGAAGAAAAAACAUAUUCCAUUCAUUUACACUAUGAAAUUGACGAAAGCAUUUUAAAAUUGGAAUUUUCUACCGAAUUUCAAGGUGAAGAAAUAUUUCGUGCUUACAUAAAAGGAAAGAUGCUCACUCAAACAGCUCGCAGAGAAGUAUCAUGUGUUGCUGGUAUAUAUUCAUUCAAUCCCGAAUGGGAUAGAAAAGAAAUACGUCUUACUCAUAUACAAGAUUUUUCACAGUUUAUCAGCCUUAAAACAGAACUUGAAGUCUACUUAGCCUCUGAUAAGCAAUAUCUUAUAAGUGCAGAACUCAAUAGUUUUAGUUUCUCAAUUGUAGAAGCGGCUUUAACAUUGAAAACUCCUAUUAAAGAAUUUAAAACACGAGAAAUCAGACUGACUUCAGAGUUUUCUAUUAAUAAACUUAAGUUUAAUGGUGAUUAUAUAACAGACGAAGGGAAAACUUUGUCUAUUUUUGGCCAUUCAGAAACGACAGAGUUAGGUGGUGUAUCUCAAUAUAAUAUUUUAAUACCAAGAUCCAAAAUUAUGCAACAUGCAAAAUUUCAGAUAGAAUAUAAUUUGGAAUCACCGAACUACACACUUCAAGGCUAUUUGUUUAUUAAUGAUAAAAAAAAAUUAAAUAUGAGUGGUGGUUUUUCAGGACGUAACAUACACAAUUUCGAAUGCAAUAUUGUAAUUGAAAGUUACUUAACAUCAGCGUUUGUGGGUCACAUAAAAGGUAAAAUAAACAACUUACUUAAAAAAAUUGAUGUAGUCUUCAAGAAUAAUUCAAAGGAAAAAUUCUCCGCCAGAUUUUUUACUGAUUCUGGUCGACCCGAUCAUAAUGGAGAAUUAGAAGUAAAAGGCGAAGGAAAACGAAUUAUUUAUAUGGAUGUAAAAUGUGAAGAAACAUUCGCAAAGAAACGUUGUUAUUUGAAUUUCGGUGGAGCUAUCACAUCAUUUGUUCUUUUAAAUUUUAGUAGAGAAAAUUCUAUAAUAAAGCCUGCAAUUAAUAUCUGUUGGAAAGGAAGAUACAAGAAUUUUGAUUGCGUAGAAAUUGGCAUUUCAUUGAAGAAUGAGCAUAGUCCUUAUACUUCAGAUGUUGUACGUGGAAUCAAAAUUAAUAUAAAAACACCCGGAAAAGAGGAUUGGUCUUUUGAAUUCUUGAAAAGUAUGAAAAAAGAUGAUUAUCAACAUAAGUUUAUUCUUGCUUCUCCCGAAAAAAAAUUAGGAUACGAUAUACAUGUCGACGACAUUGGGUUACCGACAAAGAGUGGACAAAUACAAAUAUAUUUUCCAUCUAGAGUGAUUAAAGCGCAAGGUCGUCUUCGGACGGAAAUUCUUGAUUUUCACAUAUCGUCAGAACUGUUAUUAGAUGCUAAAAGACAACCCGAUAGAAAAUAUUCUUUCGAUUAUUAUUAUAAAUAUGAAUAUGUUGGUAUAACUUACCAUGUCGAUUCUAAACUUAAAUUAAACUCUCCAGCUCUUUCUAAGCCAAUUUCAGCGGAAUUUGAUGUGCUUGCUAAGACGGAAGAGGACAUGUUUUCUACCUAUACAACUUUUACAUUAGAUUAUUCUGAUAAUCGCGGAAAAAAUAUCUAUGCCGAUAUUCGUACUAACAUUGCUCCGGAUUUACAAGGAAAUAAUACCAUUUCUUUCGUUUUAAAUUCAGAGGAUUACCGAUUUCUGAAUAUUUUGAUAAACCCACAUUUCGCUUACACCAGAGAACUGAUAAGUUCUGGUUUUCUAUGGGAAUUUGCAUCAAAUUACAGUAGAAAAAAAUCUGGAUUAUCAUUUAUAAAAAUAGAACCACUAAAUAACAAUUUCGAAGUUUUGCAUAAAUCCGAUAAGGAUACAUUUCACGCAUUUGGGAAAUGGAAGUUUUUAAGUAAUGAUAUUCUUAUAACUGAUCUUGAUGUACGAAUCAAUAAUAAAGAACGAAAGAAAAUAGAAGCUACUACUGAAUAUCGUAAACCUUGUAUAACUAUAAUUUAUCACACUGUAGGCAAUAAGACAAAAGAAACCAAGUAUCAUUUCUGUAUUAACUUUGACAAAAGUAAUCUGUUAUCUUUAACUGCAAAUGCAUUUUAUGAUAAUAAGAAAAUUACAGAUUUUUUGAUUACAUUUAAUAGUUACAUAAACAAAUUCCUAAUUACGACGUCUGAUGAAACUUCAUUACAAUCAUUGGAGACUGCCGUUAUUACAAUCAUUUCGGAUUCAAUAUUAAAUUUCGUAAAUUAUACAAAUUUAAUGGGAAUUAUUGUAAAAGAAUAUAUUUUAACAAAAUUAAGCGAUUUUAACCCAACGUUUAAUAGCGAUGUUUGGCCAGAUAUUUUAGAAUUUGAGGAAGAGUUAGAAAAUAACGUUCGUCUCGCAUCCAGAAAAGUACGAGCUAUUUACCAAACGUUGCCAUCAAAACGUGAUAUCAGAGACAGUUUCAAACCGUUAAGAGAUUACAUGGAAAAGAUGAAAGACGGAUUGGGAAAAUUAUAUGAUAAAGUACGUCCCAAGUUUCUCGAUAAAUAUAUUGACAAGUCAAAAAAAGCUAUUGGAGAAAAGAGUGACUCAGUUUCCAACUAUUUCCGCUCACUGAAAGAAGUAUUCCGAAAUCAUGGUAUAAAAGCUGUUGUAAACAAACUUUACUACGAUAUUUUUACUUCAUUAGCGCCAAAAAGUAAAGAAAAAAGUUGAAUAAAGAAAACUUUAUAUUGUAUUUUAUAAAUUAAUCUGGAAA